AUGUUGGUACUAGGGUCUCUUAGAUCGGUGCUGUGGUGCAGUUCCUCUGCAUCGCUUAUUGGUAGGAGAAGCCCUUGUUAUCCCUAUGGUAUCCUCUACCGAAGCCUAUCUCACAGUGUUAAACUGUGGCAAGAAAACAUAUCUAAAGACGACUCCAGCUUGAACCUUACUCCACGGUUAUUGAAGAUUAUCCCUAAUGAUACAGAUAUUGUAACUCUUGAGAAGCAAGAUGAAUUGAUCAAAAGACGCCGUAAACUGUCGAAAGAAGUCACCCAGAUGAAGAGGCUUAAACCGGUUUCGCCUGGUUUAAGAUGGUACCGUUCCCCUAUUUAUCCAUACUUGUAUAAAGGUCGUCCCGUGAGAGCUUUGACUGUUGUCAGAAAGAAGCAUGGUGGUAGAAAUAAUUCAGGGAAAAUCACUGUUCGCCAUCAAGGUGGUGGCCAUAGGAAUAGAACAAGAUUAGUAGAUUUUAACAGAUGGGAAGGUGGCUCUCAAACAGUCCAAAGAAUUGAAUAUGAUCCAGGUAGAUCUUCUCAUAUUGCCCUAUUGAAGCAUCACGCUACUGGUAAAUUAUCUUAUAUUAUUGCUUGUGAUGGACUACGUCCAGGUGAUGUGGUCGAAUCCUACCGAAAAGGCAUUCCUCAAAAUUUGUUGGAUGAAAUGGGUGGGAAAGUAGACCCCGCUAUCUUGAGUGUUAAAACCACCCAGAGAGGUAACUGUCUGCCAAUAUCCAUGAUUCCCAUUGGUACCAUUGUUCACAACGUAGGUAUAACUCCCGUCGGACCUGGCAAAUUCUGUCGUUCAGCUGGUACAUAUGCAAGAGUUCUUGCCAAAUUACCUGAGAAAAAGAAAGCCGUCGUCAGACUACAAAGUGGUGAACAUCGUUAUGUUUCUUUAGAAGCAGUCGCUACUAUUGGUGUGGUUUCAAAUAUUGAUCAUCAAAACAGAUCUCUUGGUAAGGCUGGCAGAUCAAGGUGGUUAGGUAUAAGACCUACUGUUAGAGGUGUUGCCAUGAACAAAUGUGACCAUCCUCAUGGUGGUGGUCGUGGUAAAUCCAAAUCCAAUAAACUAUCAAUGUCUCCAUGGGGACAACUAGCAAAGGGAUACAAGACUAGAAGGGGCAAAAAUCAAAAUAGAAUGAAAGUCAAAGACAGACCAAGAGGAAAGGAUACAAGAUUAUAA